AUGUUAAAAAAGACUAAUGAUAAUAAAAACAUUCAAAUUCCAACACAUUCAAAUGGAAACGAUAUUAAUUAUGGAACAGAAAAAAGUUUGAGUGAACAAUCAAUUAAUAUAAUAAAAGAAAAUUCGUCGAAUACAAAUUUUAAAUGUUCAAAUGAAGAAUCAACAACUCGUAUAAAAUUAAGUUUACCAACAACAAUAUCAUCUGGUUUAAAUAAUCGUCGUCGUCAACAUUCAAAAAAUAAUUCAAAUGUUCAAGGUGAAUUUACAUUACCAACAAAUCCACCAAUAACAGUUACAAUUCAACCACAAACAAAUUUAAAUGAAAAUUUUGAUAAAAUUAAUUCUUUACAUGACGAUCAAAUCUGUUCACCUGAUCAUAUAAAUGUUUUUAAUGAACAAAGAAUUAGUUUUGAUACAUCUUUAAAAGGUACAUCAACAAUUGUUAAUUAUUUUAUGGAUCUAUUAAAACCAAGUGAUAAUAAAUUGGCUAUGAAAUUAUUUGGAAGUAAAAAAGGUCUUCUUAAAGAACGUUUAAGACAACAAAGAUCUGGUCAUUGUAUUAUUCAUCCAUGUUCAAAUUUUCGUUUUUAUUGGGAUUUAAUCAUGUUAAUAUUAUUAAUAACAAAUGUUAUUGUAUUACCAGUUGCUAUAGCUUUUUUUAGUGAAGAAAUCAAUUCAGCUCGAUGGAUUAUUUUUAAUGUUAUUUCCGAUGCUUUUUUUCUUUUUGAUAUUGUUGUUAAUUUUCGAACAGGUGUUUUAAGAAAUGAUUAUAUUGAUGAAAUUAUUCUUGAACCACGUUUAAUAGCAAUGCAUUAUAUUAAAACUUGGUUUAUGAUUGAUUUAUUAAGUUCAUUACCAGUUGAUUAUUUAUUUUUAUUUCUUGAUAGUGGAGAUAAUACUGGUGGUUAUACAAUUGCAAGAACUGGACGAGCUAUUAAAGUUUUAAGACUUGUUAAAUUACUUUCAUUAUUAAGAUUACUUCGAUUAUCACGUCUUGUCAGAUAUAUUCAUCAAUGGGAAGAGUUUUUAUCAAUAGCAAGUAUGGUUAUGCGUAUAUUAAAUUUAUUAGCAUUAAUUAUCUUAUUAGCACAUUGGAAUGGUUGUUUACAAUUUAUGAUUCCAAUGUUUCAAAAUUUUCCAUCUGAUUGUUGGGUUGCACUUAAUGGUCUUCAAAAUGCUCCAUGGACAGAACAAUAUACAGUUGCAUUAUUUAAAGCUUUAUCACAUAUGUUAUGUAUUGGUUAUGGAAGAUAUCCACCACAAAGUUAUGUUGAUAUGUGGUUAACUAUGCUUUCUAUGGUUAUUGGUGCAAUGUGUUAUGCUGUUACAAUUGGACAUGUUUCAGCACUUGUUCAAAGUUUUGAUACAUCAAGAAGAUUAUAUAAUGAAAAGUUUAAACAAGUUGAAGAAUAUAUGGCAUGGAGAAAAUUACCGAGAGAAAUGCGUAAUAGAAUAACUGAUUAUUAUGAACAUCGUUAUCAAGGAAAAAUCUUUCAUGAAGAUACAAUUUUAGUUGAACUUUCCGAAAGAUUAAGAUUGGAUGUUAUUAAUUAUAAUUGCCGUUCUCUUGUAUCAUCAGUCCCAUUUUUUGCCAAUGCUGAUCCAAAUUUUGUAUCUGAUGUUGUUACAAAAUUACAUUUUGAAGUAUUUCAACCUGGAGAUCAAAUCAUAAUUGAAGGUACAAUUGGAAAUAAAAUGUAUUUUAUUCAAGAAGGUGUUGUUGAUAUUAUUAAAUCAGAUGGACAAGUAUUAACAACAUUAUCAGAUGGAUCUUAUUUUGGAGAAAUUUGUUUAUUAACACGAGCUAAACGUGUAGCUAGUGUUCGUUGUGUAACCUAUUGUAAUUUAUAUUCAUUAGAUUCUUUUCAAUUUGAAUUAGUAUUAGAAUCUUAUCCAUUAAUGAGACGUACAAUGGAAUCAGUUGCUGCUGAAAGAUUAAAUAAAUUAGGAAAAAAUCCUUCAAUAAUAUCAACUCGACAUGAUUUAAAACGUGAUGCAGCUGUAUUAAAAAAUAUGAUUGAUCGUGCAACUCCUCAACCAUCAAGUGAUUCAUCAUGUGAUAGUGAUUCAUCAUCAACAAUAUCAAAUUUACAUAAAAGAAGUGAUUUUAAAUCAUCAUUAUCACAUUUACAUGAAGAAUUUAAAAAAUCUUUUAUUAUUAAUCGUUUAAGUACAACAGAUAGAAGAAAAUCAACGAUUGAAGAUAAAAAAAUGAAACAAUUUCCUCGAGUUUUUUUAACAGCACCCGAUUCAAAUCAACAUCAACAUCAACAUCAACAUCAAAUUAAAAAAUCUCCGUCCACACCUUUGGACAUGUGUAAUAAAGAAUAA